AUGAUCAUUAUUACUGGUAAUGAUUUAGAUGGAGUUGGAGUGUCAAAGUCUCAAUUAGCUUCCCAGUUUGAGAUGAAGGAUUUGGGUCCUCUUUGGUAUUUUCUAGGUAUUGAAGUUGCUUUCUCCCCAAAAGGUUAUCUUCUUUCUCAAUCAAAAUACACUUCUGACAUCAUUGAGCGUGCUCGUCUUACAGAUACAAAAGUAGUUGACACUCUUUCUGAGCUCAAUGUUCAGUAUUCUCCUUCUGAUAGCACUCCCUUGCAUGAUCCUACUUUGUACCGCACUAUUGUUGGCAGUUUGGUUUAUCUCACUAUCACUCGCCCCAACAUUACAUAUGUUGUUCACAUUGUUAGUCAAUUUGUUGCCUCUCCUACUACUGUUCACUAG